AUGGCGACCGAUUUCAACGGGCCUAAGCUGGCUCUUCACCUACGACCCUGGCAGCUUCCACACCGCGCAGAUUUUGGUCUGCGUGGGACGUCGGAAUUUGAAGUGCAGCAUCAGCUGAUGCAGCUGAUAUGCCUAAAUGGCCUGCAAACCAACCCAGAUUGUCCUGGAUGUGAACGCGUUGUAGGCACAUGGCUUCAAAAGGAAUGGCUACAGCUUCCUCGUGAGGAGAUUGAGGCUUCUGACUUCAACGCACCACCCGAGCCUUUGGGACCAGAGAAGAUCUUCAUGGUCAAGGGCUGGAAUCGCUCAGUCUGCGGAUUGGGUGUGUUAUACGCAGCUUUCAAGAAUAAGGAGCUGUUGAAGGAAUCCGCUGCCACCUUCGCAACCGCAUAUGCACUUGGAAAGCAUGAAGCAGCCGCCACCAUGAACCUCAUGCGGCGCAUACCGAGCGACAUCAAGGAAGGAUUGACCUCCUUGGUACCACUCCAGAAGAUUAGUUGCCUCUUUGUGGCUUGCGUCGAUCAGUUCAAAUCCAUGGUUCCGACAGCUUUCAGUGAUGCUGCCCUCAUCGAGGUGGAGAAGCGGAACCUCGAAAAGGGAUCAAUGGAUGUGAAGUACUUCUCAGACCGCUACGACAAAGGCAAGGCUGCAGUGGACAAGUUGACCGUCUUGAUUGCAGAUGCAACCUUGUGGCCAACGCGUGCGUUGUCAAUCGACGAAGCGGUCCAAGUGGCGCAGGGCGUGACCUCUGGGAACCCUAAAUCAGGUUCCUUUUGGUUCCUGCCACAAUGGCACAGCAGCGCGGUCAAGGUUGCAGUGCUGAAGAAUCGACGACUGCUAGAAGAUGAAGUGGCCUUGGCGGGAGCCAUCGACGAUGUGGAUCGGGCGAGGGUGAACGAGCUGAGCAACCCGGAGCCCGACAAGCCACUAGUGCAGCAGAGGGGUGCGCAAGCCUGCGUGGACAUCAUCAAGCAAGUGCUGACUGGAAUGCACACCCGCGAAGCCCAUCCCUUGCUGAUUGUCGACCUAGGACCGGGCCUGGGAUGUUGCGCUAAAUAUGCGGAGUCCUGCCAGCAGCUCGUCUGUGGUCGGGCGAUGCAGCAGUGGUGGGACAUCUCAGAGGCUGCUGGACCGAAGGCUCGUGCUUCAGAGCCCUUCUCAGAGGGGAUCCCUGAACUGGAGUGCUUGACUGUGGUGGACAACGAGCUGAAGUUGGAAGCUUUUGCGCCGCUCGCCCGAGAACCCUCCGUUGAAGUCGCCUUCACCAAGUCGGGCAAUUUGUGGCUUGUGAACCGUGGGGUGGCAGCUGUCAACCUCACCCGUGGCGCAGAUGUGGAAGUGCCGGCAGGACAAGUGACCAAAAAGGCGGGGCCUGAUGGUGGCCAGAUCCCGCUCAAAUUUCACUAUGAAGUCCAGCCGGAUACCAAAAUCAACGCCUUCAAGCCGAAGCCAUUAGCAGAUAACUCAGGCUUGCGCGCUGGUCAGUUUGGAGGCAUCUUCCAUGACCGGAUCUUGCAAAUCCCAACUGCGCCUCAUUGCGACAUCGUCUGGGAGGUGAAAGUGGGAGAGGAGGUGCCAGCAGUGGUUACUCCACUGAAACCGAAAUACUAUUUGCUCGCAAGCUGUAGCAUCGGAGCGGGCGAAGCCCUGAAGUUGAAAUAG